AUGCCUCCACCUGCGUACAUUCGUUCUGGCUCGGAGGCAUCGUUUCCAUCUGCAACUGAAAGUAAAGAUAACUCGAUGCAUGUGACUGGCUUAAGGGAGAAGAAAUUAUACGCACUUAUUGGAUGCUUAGCACUUCUAACAACUCUGGCUUUCUUUUUGUUAAUUAUAAAUAUAAUGCUAAUUGUCUCGCUUCAAAUGAGCCAACAUGGAAUGAAGUUCUUGAGAUUUCACAAUGUUUACGACUCGACGAGUGGACAAAUGGAAAAAGUGGUCCAGUUCGACGGGAACAAUAUCGAUUUAGGACAAGUUGUUACAAAUGGGAAUGUUGCAGGAUAUAAGGAUAAGGACUUACACAUCCAAGGAUCAAGAGUUUUGAUCUCUGGUGCAGACAACAGUACUCGUCUAACUAUACAAGAAAGUGGCUGCAGGUUUGAGAACACGGAACAUUUCCAGAUAAUUUCAUCUCACACCUUACGUCCGCUGUUCAGCGCUCAACACCCUGUUAUUGCUAUCGAUAAGAAGAUCAAGAAACUUUCCACGGCCCGAAUUGUCACCAACAAGAUUCGGUCACCUAUCGAUGAAAACCUGAAGAUGGAAGUUGAGAACUUGUCGAUAAGAGGAAAUGAAGGAAUUCACAUGGAAGCGAAUGCUGUGAAAUUCAGCGGCAUGACAUCUGUAAUUUUCAACACAUCGCGUGAUGGAUCUAUACAACUGGGAGGACGUCUACGUUUCGACACUUCAUCACGUGGAUUACCACUAUCUCCAUCUCCAGCCCUUUCAGCAUCCAUAGAUGCAUAUCGUCUAUGCGUCUGUGCAGGAGUACAGAAUAAGUUAUUUCUAACACCCGGUAACAAACCCUGCCAUUCAAGUAACGCUGUAUGCACAUAG